AUGGAAGGUAGAGAUCAAAAUCUUGGAAAUGGAGGGUCGAGAUGGAAUCCAACGAAGGAGCAAAUAGACAUGCUGGAGGGCUUAUACAGACAGGGUUUGAGAACUCCAACUGCUGAGCAGAUUCAUCAAAUCAGUGCAAGGCUAGGAGAUUAUGGCCACAUCGAGGGCAAAAACGUCUUUUACUGGUUCCAGAAUCACAAAGCCAGGCAAAGGCAGAAGCAGAAUCAGAAUCAGAAGCAGGAGACUUUUGCUUUCUACAAUCGCUUUCUUCAUUCACCUUCUCCUCUUUACCACAAUGUGGUUUGUAGCCCAUGUUACAUUCCUCCACAAAAGAAUGAUCCAGUGUUCUACCACAAUCAGCACAGGGUACAACUCCCUACAGCGUCUGGUGAUUUUAAGAGGUGUACACCAAUCCCACAAACCACUUAUUCAUGCCAUCCCACACUAACGGAUCAAAGGCAUGAUUCUCAAUCAACGGAGCAUCUAAGCCAUGAUCAAGAAACACUUGAUUUAUUCCCAAUCCACCCCACUGGAAUCUUGAAGCCAAGAAGUGAUAAUGAGCAUAAUGAAUUCAAGAACCCUAGUUUUUGUGAUGAUAGUUCAUCAUUAAUGCUAUCAAUUUCUGGUUAUGAUCGUCCCUUUUUUGAUUUCUUUGGUGAGAAUUGA